AAAGUUAGUCCAGACAGGAAACGCCAGACGCGUGGAAUCAGCGGACACAUUCAGACACAUCACUAUGGCGGAUUCAUCGGAGUCGUUCCACAUGGCCACCAGCCCGACCCGCGGCUCCCGGCGGGGAGACAUGACGUCCAGCCCUGGCAGAGAUCUGCCACCCUUCGAGGACGAGUCGGAGGGUAUCCUGGGUGACACCCUGCCGGAUGAGGAGGACGGAGACGGAGAGGAGCUGAUCGGAGACGGGAUGGAGAGGGACUACCGGAACAUCCCGGAGCUGGACCAGUACGAGCAGGAGGGGCUGGACCUGGACGAGGACCUAUCAGAGCUCUCCCCUGGAGCGCGAGCGGCGGCCGAGGAGGCUAUGAGGAGGCGUGACCGCGAGCAGGGGGGCCGUCUGAGGAGGGGCCUACUGUACGACAGCGAGGAUGAGGAUGAUGAGCGGCCGGCGGCCAGGCGGCGCCGCUUCGCCGAGCGGGCGGCGGAGGGGACGGGCGAGGGCCUGGAGGACGAGGAGAUGAUCGAGAGCAUCGAGAACCUGGAGGACAUGAAGGGCCACUCGGUCAGGGAGUGGGUCUCCAUGGCAGCGCCCCGCCUGGAGAUCUACCACCGCUUCAAGAACUUCCUGCGCACGUACGUGGACGAGCACGGCCACAACGUCUUCAAGGAGAAGAUCAGCGAUAUGUGCAAAGAGAACAAGGAGAGUCUGGUGGUGAACUACGAGGACCUGGCCGCCAGAGAGCACGUCCUGGCCUACUUCCUGCCCGAGGCGCCCACCGAGAUGCUGAAGAUCUUCGACGAGGCGGCCAAGGAGGUGGUGCUCGCCAUGUACCCCAAAUACGACCGCAUCGCCCACGACAUCCACGUCCGGAUCUGCAACCUGCCCCUGGUGGAGGAGCUGCGCUCGCUCAGGCAGCUCCACCUGAACCAGCUGAUCAGGACCAGCGGGGUGGUGACCAGCGGCACGGGCGUGCUCCCCCAGCUGGGCAUGGUCAAGUACAACUGUAACAAGUGUAACUUUGUCCUGGGGCCCUUCUUCCAGUCCCAGAACCAGGAGGUGAAGCCAGGCUCCUGCCCUGAGUGCCAGUCAAUGGGGCCGUUCGAGAUCAACAUGGAGCAGACGGUGUACCAGAACUACCAAAGAAUCACCAUACAGGAGAGCCCCGGCAAAGUGGCAGCUGGCCGCCUCCCACGCUCCAAAGAUGCCAUCCUAUUGGCCGACCUGGUUGACUGUUGCAGACCUGGUGAUGAGAUUGAGCUGACGGGCAUCUACACCAACAACUAUGACGGUUCUCUGAACAUGGCCAACGGCUUCCCGGUGUUUGCCACCGUCAUCAUGGCCAAUCACAUCACGCGCAAGGACGACGGGGGGGCGGUGGCCGAGCUGACAGACGAGGACAUCAAGGCCAUCGUGACGCUCAGCAAGGACGAGCGCAUAGGGGAGAGGAUCUUUGCCAGCAUUGGUCCCUCCAUCUACGGCCACGAGGACAUCAAGAGAGGUCUGGCGUUGGCUCUGUUUGGAGGAGAAGCCAAGAACCCAGGUGGGAAGCACAAGGUGCGCGGGGACAUCAACGUGCUGCUGUGUGGCGACCCCGGCACGGCCAAGUCCCAGUUCCUGAAGUACGUGGAGAAGGUGGCGAGCCGCUCGGUCUUCACCACGGGCCAGGGGGCCUCGGCCGUGGGUCUGACAGCCUACGUCCAGAGACACCCGGUCAGCCGGGAGUGGACCCUGGAGGCCGGGGCGCUGGUGCUGGCCGACCGGGGAGUCUGCCUCAUCGACGAGUUUGACAAGAUGAACGACCAGGACAGGACCAGCAUCCACGAGGCCAUGGAGCAGCAGAGCAUCUCUAUCUCCAAGGCCGGCAUCGUCACCUCCCUGCAGGCUCGCUGCACCAUCAUCGCCGCCUCCAACCCCAUAGGUGGUCGGUACGACCCGUCUCUGACCUUCUCUGAGAACGUGGACCUGACCGAGCCCAUCGUGUCUCGUUUUGACAUCCUGUGCAUUGUCAGGGAUACCGUAGACCCGGUGCAGGAUGAGAUGCUGGCUCGCUUCGUGGUAGGCAGCCACAUCAAGCACCACCCCAGCAACAGGGACGGGGGCAUGGCGGGGCUGGAGGAGGUGGUGCUGCCCAACACGUCUGACGCGCCGCCCAUCCCCCAGGACCUGCUCAAGAAGUACAUAAUGUACUCCAAGGAGCGCGUGCGGCCCAAACUCAACCAGAUGGACCAGGACAAGGUGGCGCGCAUCUACUCCGACCUCCGCAAGGAGUCCAUGGCAACAGGCAGCAUCCCCAUCACGGUGCGCCACAUCGAGUCGAUGAUCCGCAUGGCGGAGGCCCACGCCAGGAUGCAUCUGAGGGACUACGUCCUGGAGGACGACGUCAACAUGGCCAUCAGGGUGAUGCUGGAGAGCUUCAUAGACACGCAGAAGUUCAGCGUCAUGAGGAGCAUGAGAAAGACGUUCGCCCGCUACCUGGCCUUCCGUCGUGACAACAACGAGCUGCUGCUCUUCAUCCUGAAGCAGCUGGUGGCCGAGCAGGUGACCUAUCAGAGGAACCGCUACGGCGCCCAGCAAGACACCAUCGAGAUCCCCGAGAAAGACCUGGUGGACAAGGCCAGACAGAUCAACAUCCACACCCUGUCGGCCUUUUACGACAGCGAGGUCUUUCAAACCAACAAGUUCUCCCUGGACUCCAAGAAGAAACUGAUCGUCCAGCAGUUCUAACCUCUCUGUCCUCGUCUCUCACACACAGAACCACAGCUUCUGGAGCACGCAGGCCCGAUCUGGGCAGUGUGGGCGCUGCGUUCUACCUUGUUGUGUGUUCGGUGUUCGACCAGGUCACAUGAUCAGCGUCAUUUGUUCUGCUGUGUCGCAUCCCUAUGGUCAGGGAUAGGUGGAUGUCCAGGCCAGCCUCUGUAAAUACCUGUAUAUGUCUGUCCCUCUGGUGGAAUCAUAGACUCUGUGUCACAGGGAAUAACCUGUCUAGUUUUGGGGGGACUAAUUGUUUCCAUUCCAUUAGACUAAGAAUGUUUCUUGUUCCAUCUUUUGUGCUCCAACGUCUUGGAAUUUGCAUACACACAAACACACUUUGUGUCAUUUGAUGAAAUCAAGUGUUUGUGACCCAUGAAGUUCACUUAUGUUUUCCAUGUAAAACAAAGAUAAAAUGUGUUAACUUUGACCUGUAGUAUGUUGGAUUCUGACAUUGUUUUUCGUAAAUGAAAUAAAAAGUGAAUCUCCUGUCUGCUAAGGAAUUUGUUCCACUUGA